CGCCGAACCGUCGUGGUGGGCGGGUGCGCUGCCCUCGCCGAUCUCGCCAGUCGCUCAACCCCACCUUCAGAGUUCAGAUUGCCUCUCGACCUUUCUCGUUGCUCACUUGGAUCAUCUCUUGGCCUGGCUCGGCCUUCCCAUCCCCACGGUGGAGCGCGAGAAAGGAGGGCGAGGACGAGAUGACGACCGGGUCGUCCGUCAGCCUCGCUGCCGGGGAGCAGUCUGCCCACGGUCGCCCCGUGCUGUCCGGCCUGCCGGACACGGCCGGCAUCGUCCUCGUCGGCGAUGGGCCCCGUCGAUGUCGGCCCCCUCGGCGCUAUGAGGGGUGUGCGGUGCGUUUUAUGGUGCGAUGGAUGGCGCUGGGGCAGGUGCGGCCACGGCUCGCACGAGAUGCAGCUCCUGCUCGUGGAGUUAAAGGCCGGUGUUGGGGUCCUCAGCGGCGAGGAGGACGACACGUCGUGUGUACGCAGUGUUCCUCCCGCUCAUGGAGUGAGCGUUUUGGGCCAGCCUCGAGGGUGGCCGUCCGGACGGCGACGAGCUUCGGCUCUGCAUCCAGAGCUGCAACGCCGGCAGGCACGCCACUUCUUUGCCCCUCUCAGUCGCCGGUGCUUUUGUUCUGUGUAUGGCGAUGGGGUUGCUUCCUCUGCUCCGUUCAUGUCGUUGAGGUUUUGUGAUGUUUGCCUGUUUCUCGCUCUCGAGUAGGUCCCUGCGUCAAUCUUGCCUUCGGCAUUGAGGUGAGAAAAUUAGCCCCACCUUUUCUUGCUGCUCUACUGUUCGGUGAAAUGCUCGUGCCCUGAUGGAUUCCGUUUU